AUGCGGGAGAUGACGGAACACAGAGGGGUUUCCCUUUCAGGAGACAUUGAAAAAGCCAACUACCACUUCGGGCAGACAGCUCUUCACCUGGCUGCCACUCGAGGUCAUCUUAAUUGUGUAUCUUUCUUGGUCGGCUUCGAAGCCAAUCUCUUCGCGCUUGACCAUGACUUCCAUACACCGCUCCAGGUUGCUACUAACCCAGAAGUCAUCGAUUUCUUGGACAAGUCGGCUACCAGCCAAAUGCUUGCUAAUAAGAAAGAGGUGAAAAGUAAAAAGGAAAAGGCUUUGAAGGAUGCAGAAAGGAGAAGAAAAAAAUAUGAAGAAAAGAUGAAAAAAGAAAGAGAUAAAGAAGAGAAAAGGAUAAAAAAAGUUGAGAAAGAAAUUGGAACCAAAAUUGAUACAGAUAUUCCAAUUUCAACAUUACCACUUAAUACUAUGAAGAAGACAAUUGUUGAAGUAAAGGGUCCUUCUUUUACUGAAAUAGUGGGUGGUACUAUGUCCAAGAAACCUGCAUCUGGGGUUAAAAAAAUUUUAGAGAAAAAACUCAGGAGUCCAGAUGAAAAACAUGAAAACAACAUGAAAUCAACAAUUGGACAUAGAAAAGAUGCUCAGAUUAUUUAUGUUAAUAGCUUUGAAAACAGCAAUAUUGGUAAAAGAGGAAAGAUUUCUGAUGUCUUUCACAACCAUAUUCAAUCUCAAGUGCAGUCAAGUAUAUUUGACAGACCUGGAUUUGGUAGUGUUGCUUUCAGACAGCGAACAAAUUUAGCUGGUACCUUGUCUGGAGUUCCAGAUGUUAUAGUCGAAAAAGAAGGUGAUGAAGAAGUGAGCAGUGAAACGAGCAUAGGCAGUGCUGGUAGCCUAGCUAAUAGGAGUAGGCACCAACCAGUGUGGCAAGAUGAUAUUACUACAAGUGAUGAAGAAAAUGUUGUCUCCAAUGGCCAAUGGAGCCCUUUGGAAAGGUUUCUGGUUUCGGCUGGCGUUGAAGAGUAUACUCCAAGACUUCUUGCCCAAAAAAUUGAUUUAGAUGCUGUAUUAAUGUUGACAGACUUGGAUCUCAUGCAACUUGGUUUCCCCAUGGGUCCAAGAAGAAAGCUGUUGCAUGCUGUUGAACAAAGAAAAAGAGCUCUGCUGAAUCCUGGACAAUUACUUGAUAGUAAAUUGUGAUUGAUAAAAAUAAAAUAAUAUGAUCAAUGUUAGUGCAUUAAGCAGAUCUCUUUUAGCUCAACUAAAAAGAAAAGAUUGUAAACUGUUUCACAAACAACAAUUUAAUAUAUAAAUAGUUUUUAUUUUUAGUUUAAUUAUUUGUAUAUCAAUUGUUUUUAUAGUGUCAAUUGUAGAUGUCAGAUCAGACCAUUAUAAUUUUUUAGUUAACUUCAUUGUUCAGUUGAUAACCAAAGAUAUUUAUUGUAUUGACUAUUGAUGUUUAAUGUUUUGUUGUUUUCAGUGUUAAGUUAAUAUCUACCUUUGAUGUCUAAAUAUUUAAAAAACAAAAUAAUUAUUUAAGUUAAACUUGUAACGAUUCCUGUUUAUCAAUUAGAUGUUAGUAAACAAAUAUUUUCCAAAUUUUAUGUAUUAAAUCUUUUUUUCUCUAAUUUCCCGAUAUCCAUCCACACAGUUAAUAUAUUCUAUUCUCACAGCUUUAAUAUCGCAAUGUAUUUCAGUUUGAAAAUAUUGGAUAUACAUUUUUUAAAUCCGUUGAAUUAUGUUAAAAAUUACUGUCACAAUUUCUCGUUUCUUAUGAAAACUAAUAUUAAAAUAUGUCUAAGCUUUUUUUAUUUUAAUACUUUAUGAUGCAA